AUGCCUCCAGGCAGCGGUAGCGCACUAAGCGCGGGAGCUUGGCCCGGCAUCACGGUUUCCGCACCCAUCCCAACCGCAUCCGAACCAACACAUGUACCUGCCUCUAGCGAAUCCUCCGCCUCUACCACUCCCCCGCCUCUCACCCACGAGCCGUUUCCGCCCAUCGCCCCCAGCUCACCUUCCUCCCCAACCUACUCCUUCCGCGUGUUCCCAACGUCGACGGCGCCCCCUGACCGCCACGUCAACGCUGCGUACGAAUUCGUGUCGCAGAUCGGCGAGGGGCGACACGGCACCGUCUGGCUGGUGGAGGACCGCGCCUCGGGAUCGACAUACGCAUGCAAGAAAAUCAGCAAGCGCGGGCUCGAGUCCGCAUGGGACCGCGACGAGGUAAGGCGCGAGGUGGCGGUGAUGCGCGUGCUGGCGGGGCGGCACGGCGGCGUGGUGCGGCUCCAGGAGGUAUUGGAGGAUAGCGAGGCGGUGUACUUAAUUAUGGAGCACUGCGAGGGCGGCGAGCUGUUCGAUAAGAUCGUGGGCGACGGGCGGCUGCAUCCGCUGGAGGCGGCGCACCUGUUCCGCCAGCUGGUUUCCGCCGUGCAGUUCUGCCACGCGCAAGGCGUGCUGCACCGCGACCUCAAACCCGAAAACAUUCUGCUCACGCGAUCCGCGGGACUCGACGGGCGGAAUGCGCGGGGACUGCAGCAGCAGCAGGAGACGAGCCCGAACGCGAAGGAUCAGGCGCAAAGGACGCCGCGGUGGCAGCAGGUGAAGCAGCAGGAGCAGCAGGAGGGGCAGCAGAGAAAGGAGGAGGACGGGGAGGAAGAGGGGCGGAAGGAUGGCAAAUCCAACGCUCAGGGAGGCGAAGAGGCGAUGCCGCUGACGGCGCAGCAAUUCAACAUCGAACGGCCCACAGAGCCCGCUAAUACCGUGAAUUCCGGUAAGAAGGUGCCCGUGUCGGCUGUCCCUGCUGCUGGCAGUCAGAAUAAAGCCUGCGACUCGCAGAACAUCCGCUGGCCGGUGCAGCAAGGCGGCGCCGCUGGUGGCGGAGUAACCGCAGCCGCCAAAUCCGCCGCGAGGUCCGCCGCAGCCGUCGGCGGGGCCACCACCCGCGCGGUGGGGAAGGCGCUCACGGGGCUGGGGGCGCGGAGCGCGAGUCAACGCUCCCUGCUGCAGUGGCACGUGCGGCUCGCGGACUUUGGAUUCGCCGUGUUUCUCGCUCCCGGGGAGAAGACGUCGGACGUGGCAGGCAGCCGGCUGUACGAGGCGCCUGAGCUGAUCCGAUUCGAGCCGUUCGACUUUAAAGCCGACAUCUGGUCGCUGGGAGUGGUGCUGUACGCCAUGCUCUCGGGCUGCCUGCCGUUCCGAGGCCGCGACGACGACGAGCUGGGCCGUCGGAUCAUGGAGGGGCGGCUCAAUCUGACGUCCAAGCCGUGGCCAUCUGUGCCGGGCGACGCGAAGCGACUGGUCGCGCGAAUGCUUCAGGUGGAGGCGGGGCGGCGGCCGUCAGCGGAGGAGGUGCUGAACGACGCGUGGGUGGUGCGGCACUUCGGCGUGGCGGCGCCCGCCAGGCGACUUGGCCCCAUCCCGCCGCCCUCGCUGCUGCAGGAACUCGAGGAGCAACCGCCGUGCGGCUCGCAGGCCUCUGCCGCUCCCCCUGAUCUUCAGCUUCCUCCUGCUGCUCCUCCUGCUGCUCCUGCUGCUCCUGCUGCUUCUCCUGCUGCUCCUCCUGCUGCUCCUGCUGCUCCUGCUGCUUCUCCUGCUGCUCCUGCUGCUGCUCCCGCUGCUGCUGUUGACGUCGUGUCGAGCGCAGACGAUGCGUGCAGUCAAUUGAAGGAGUCAGCCAAUGGGGACGCAGCGGAGCGCGCGGAGUCCCCGCUCACUAGCACCCCUCGUGCUACAUCCCUGGAAACGCCACCUCACGUCCCUGCUCACCACUCUUCCGCCACUCCCCCUGCCGCCACGCCCCCUGCCGCCGCUGCUCCUUCCGCCCUGUCCUGCUCCGCGCCAGGUGAGCGCAGCAGUGGCUGCGCGGAUGUGGGGGGAUGCGGUGGUGGAGACGAGGAGGCGUGUGGAGCGGGAGGGGGCAGGAUUGGAGUGGUGGCAGACGGCACGGCAGGAACAGCUGUACUCGUGGGACUGGCAGGUGCUGUGGAGAGCGCAGGGGAGAGGCGACGGGGCGACGAGGAGGAGGAGGAGGAGAAGGAGCGAGCGCCGCAAGCAGCAGCGGCAGCGGCAGCAGCAGCAGAAGUAUCAACAGCAGUGGUUACGGAAGGGGAGGGCGGUGAAAGCAAAGGGAGGAGGAGCGCGGAAGCAGCGCCACCCAGUCGCAUACCGCGAGCUUCAGGCCUGCCUUGGGCCAUCCCAUCGCCGCGCCACCACGGCGAGCGCGAGAGCAGCAGCGCGUGCGGGCAGGAGAGUGGUGGUGGCGCGCGCACAGGGUCCGCGCAUGGCGGUGAUUUGGCGUGUGGCGGGGGGUCCCUGGUGCAUGGGGCUGGCAGCACGGAGAGCCAGGCGUCUGUGGCCACGCCGUGCAAGCGACAACGGAUGCUGGCUCACCGUGUCUCACCCACGCCGGCAGCAGGAGCAGCAGAAGCAGCAGGAGCAGCGGCAGCAUCAGGAGCAGCAGUAGGUGCUGCGGGACCGGGAGCAGGAAGCAAGGGUGGAGCGCAAGCGAAGGAAGCAGGUGCUACGGCUGUCGGGACGGUGAAGGGGAAGCGACGCGCGGCUGCUGCUGCUGCGGCGCCUGAUGCGGCCGUCGCUGCUGCCGUCGCCCGAGCCAAGCGACGAGCCGAGGCGGCGAUUGCGGCUCGGGAGAAAAGCGCGAGUGAGGCAGCCAAGGGCGGCAGCAGGGGCCGCGGCAGAGGCGGCAGCGCGCACAGCCACGCAGAGAGGCCGAGAGAGAGCAGCGCGUGGGGGAGAAGACGAGGGGAGAAGGCGCCGAUAUCAGCGUGGGUGGUGGAGAAGAGGGGCGGCGCGCGCACGGACAAGGGGUCGCCAUGCCUCUCCAGUGCAGCUUCCACCACCAGCACCGCCACAACCGCCACCACCGCCACAACCGCCACCACGUCUACAACGGCAAUCACGGGGCGGGCAAGGACCAUCUCGUCUGCUACCACGUCUGCGUGCUCCUCUUCUUCCUGGUACUCCUCCUCCCCUUCCUCCUCUCCCACCUCCUCGCCCUCCCUCGCCCACCCUCCUCUCCCUGCAGCAGCUGUGCCUGCGCUCUGGCCGUCCCUUCCUGCCCCGUCCGCAGGGACGGCGAGAGCCGCGGGUGCAGCAGCAGGACGAGGAAGAGCAGGAGCGAAAGCAGGAGGGGCGGGAGGGGCGGGGUGGAAGGCAAGCAGUGGGAGGACGGGUGGUGGUGCGGGGAUGGGGGCUGGGGGCUUGCCUCCGCUGCCGGGCUCGCCUGCCCCCUCCUCCACGUCCUCAGGCAGUGUGCCUAGCACGAGCAGGUGGGGUAGGGGCACGGGUGCUGCUGCUGCUGCGGGUGCAAGGGAGAGUGAAGGAGCAGGGGGGGGAUGUGCGCGCGUGGGAGGAGGUUUCAGGAUGGCUGGUUCGGUUGGGCUGGAGGAGAAGGAGAAGGUACGGACAAACGAGAAUGCGCAAACAGGCACGGCAGUAGCAGGCACCUCUGGGAGGAAACGGUGGGAAUUGAGUAAUCGUGGUGGUGCUGCUGCUGCUGCUGCUGCAAGAUCAACGGUGGUGGGCGAGAGUCGCAGUGGCAUGAGUGCGAGCAGCAGUGGGAAGAGCAGCAGGAGCAGUGGCAGCAGUCAGGGCGUGCGGGCGCCUUUGAGUGUGCAGAAGGCCGUUUCGAGGUCUAUGGUCCAAACAGAGGAGGAGGACGGGGGGCAGGAGAGUGGGGAGGAGGCAGAGGAAGGAGAGGAGGAGGUGGGUGAGGAGCAGGAAGACGAUGAGUCGAGUGAUGGAGAGUAUGUGAGCUAUGGGGAAGAGGAGGAUGAGGAAGAGGAUGAGGAGGAGGAGGAGGAGGAGGAGGAAGAGGAAGAUGAGGAGGAGGAAGAGGAGGAUGGCGAGGCGGAGGAGGAGGAGAGUGAGGAAGAGUGUGGGUUAGUAGAGGAGGAUGUCUUUGAGGAUUCUGUGGAAUCAAGCAUAAAUGGUGGCAAGCAGAGGGGAGGGGAGAGUGAAGAAGUGAGUGAGGAGGGAGAGAAGGAGAGUGAGGAGGAAGAAAGUGAGGAAGAGAGCAGGUUGGCAACAGAAAGCUGUGAAACAGAGCAGGAGACAGAGGAAGACAAGGAGUUGAGUGAAAGCUGUGGAGUGGAAGAGGAGGGGUGUGAAUCGAGCGGGAGUGAGGAGGAGGUAGCAACGGUGGAUGCGACAAUCGGAGACUCAACACAUAUUCCAUCAGAGCUGGACGAAUUAGUUGUGGGAAGAGGAGCAGCAGCAGCAAGUGAGGCGUGCAGAGCGGAGCAGGAGGAGCGGGUGAGGGAGGUGCAGGCGAUGCUAGAUGAGAAGAGGCGGAGUGAGAAGCGGCGCAGCAGGCGGCAUAAGUAUGUGGCACGGUCCCUGUGGAAGCAUGAUAUGAUGGAGCUGCGGCGCAUGGAGCGAGUGGCAGAGGAUGGUGAUGAUGAUGUUGUCGUGAUUGCUGAUGCAUGGGUUGGAGAUGCGGGUGGGAAUGAGACUGCGGUGGGAAGGAAGGGGCAGGGAGGAGUGGGAGGGAUGGGGCAGCGUCCGCCAUCCAAGCAUCACGAGUACACGGCGCUGGCCGACGUGGCGCGCGCGGCGGGGAGGCGGGUGAACGUAGUGGGGGUGGUGGUGCUCGCUGACUGCGUGCGAAGCUUCCAAGGCACCCGUGUGUGCUGCACGCUACUGCUAGCGGACGCCACGUGUCACCUCCCCGGGUACCAAGUGACGGCCAUAGCGGGGAGUGCAGACGACCUGCCGUGCGUGGCGGGCGUGGGGGAUGUCAUCGCCUUGCACCACCUGCUCAGCACAGUGGAUCAGUCAGUCCCUCAAGGCAUCGCUCACAUUAACACCACCACCACCACCACCACCAGCAGCGGCGGUGGCGGCGGCGGCGGCGGCGGUGGCAGAGGCGGCAGAGGCGGCAGUAACAACGGUGGCAGUGGCAGGGGGAUGCAGGGCGGUGCGCGCAGCAGCUGUGCGCUGUUCCCGGGCGCUCCAGGCGCGCCCCUGCGCCCCUACUCCGCCUUCCCCUCCCCCACCGCCUUCCUGCCCGCGGGCCCGGUGAAGCAGCGCGUGCAGGCGCUGAGGCAGUGGGCGCACGGCUUCCCCUUCCAACCCCGUGCGUGCUGUGGCGUUGUGCGGGGGGAAGGGGGUGCGGGGUGGUUUGUGGAGAAGAGAAAGAUGGAUGGCUGGAAGGGAGGUUGCAGAAGGGAGGGCGUAGGAGGAAGGGUGAGAGGACAAUCCCAUGCCAUGCCAUGCCAUGCCGCCCCACCACCACCCCAUGACGGCAUUAUCCGUUGGGUGCUGGCAGGUGCACAGGCAUGUGCAGUGCCACUGCUGCCCAUCAGUGGCAUCACAAACGACACGGACUACGACAUGUGCGUGCAGGUGUGGCAUGUGCAGAGGAUGGGGCGGGUGGUCGUUCUGUGGGCAUGGGACGGCACCGACACCCCUCUACCGCCUCUCCUCUCGCCUGCAGCGCCCAUCCCUGCCGUGAAGCAGCAGCUAGGUGGUGGUGGUACUAGUGGCACUCCUGCUCCCCAUGCCAUGCCACCACCUAGACCACUAUCAGCACCACCACCUACACCACCAGCACAAGAACCAGCAGCAGCAGCAGCAGCAGCAGCAGCCGCAGCGCACAACAACAACAGCGGCAGCAGCAGCAGCAGCAGCAGCAAGCACCCGGUGUUUUCUAUUGGCAGUCGUGUGGGGCCACCACCCUGUGUGCUCCACCGGCUGCCCCCACUGGGCUCUCUCCUCCCCAUCCUCUGCCUCGCCUCCCACCCCGACCACCUCUUGCAGCGGUUGCUCCCCCCGCGCCUGCCGGCUCCACCCACUCGCCACGCGCACAGGGCAGCAGAAGGAGCAGGGCAGCAGGGGAAGGAGGCCGGAGGGGAGGGGAGGGCGGGUGCGGUGGGGGGGGAGCGUGGAGGCGUGGUGCCGUGCUGGGUGCUGCUGCAGAAGGUGCGGGGGGCAUGGCAGGAGGAGGAGGGCGAGUGGGUGGGGGUUCUGGGCCCUGAGAGCAGGGUGAGUCCUGUGAAGGAGCACUAUGCUGACGUGGCGCACGUUAUUAGGAGGUAUGCAGAAAGGGAGGCGAGUGGGGAUGCACUGACACGCAUGGGCGCGCUUGCUCAGUGUGCAAGCACAGCUGCCAUCACAAGAAUAGAGCGGCCACUGCAGCCCUACUCCACUCUCCGCCAAAUAUACUGCCACCCUCAAGUACCCUACCGCUUCCGCUGUGUGGCCCGGGUCAUCUAUGCGUCGCACAUCCACCCCCGCCACUUCACCGCCUUCCUGCCCCCCAAGCCCCGCCCCGCUUCCUCCGCCGCUCCCGCCGCCGCUCCCUCUGCCCCCCGUGCACCUCCCUUGGGGUUUCCCUCCCCCACGAAUACCAUGAUUGGGCGAAUGAGCGCUGAUGAGAGGCACGCGGGUACAGGUAACGGUGGCAGUGAUGGCAGUGGCGGGGGCAGUGGUGGUCAUGGUAGUGAGGGGGCCAAUGUGCGUGAAGUACAUGGGGAGACGGGGAGCAAGGGCGCGCAGGUGGAUGGAGAGGUGGUUGGGGGUAAGCGGAAGAGGCAGGGAUGGGAAAGAAGAGGGGGUGUGGGCAGGGGCAGUGGAAAGGUGAACCAGGGGGAGCAGGACGGCAGGGCAAGUGGGGGGGAGAAGGAGAAGCAGUGGGCAGCAGGGCUGCUGCUGCUGCUGGAGGACUGCACUGGCCGCCUGCUCGUCCGCCUUGCUGCCCACCAUGCGGAGCACUUCUUUGCUGCCUCUGCCAAGGACCUGCGCAACCGCCCUCGAGUGACUGCCAGGGCAGCGCAAGGCAUGGCGGCUCUGCUUGCUGCCCCCACCGCCCCCCGCUCCCCUGCACCUGACCAAGGGUUUGCAGCUGGAGCAGCAGCAGCAGCAGCAGCAGCAGCAGCGCCUCCUAAGAUGUGUUGCGGCGCAGCAACUGGAGGGGCAGAGCUUGGCAAGGGAGGGUUGCGCAGCCCCCCUGCUGUUGACUGCUGUGUGUUCUCCUACUAUCAAACAGGCAUGAAGGGCCUGCCACAGGGAAAGGCAUUCCAGAUCUUUGAAACUCAGCAUGACAAUGGUUAA